GUCAUCUCCUGAUGUCAUGGCGACCUCAUCCUCCUCCUCCUCACAAGGGUCGGCUCCUGGUGUCCUGGGAAAGGGCCAACAAACCCCCGGAGAUCUCAUCAUAUAUUCUCUGGAGGAUCUGAAUGGAGAUGACUUCAAGAGAUUUAGGGACAAAUUGUCUGAUUUCUCCUAUGGAGAUAAACGUCCCAUCCCCCGAGGAAGACUAGAAAAUGUGGACUGGAUCACCACCAAGAACCUCCUGAUAGACACAUAUGGAGAAGAAGGAGCUCUGGAUGUCACAAUUGAAGUCCUUACACUGAUCAGUCAGAUGGGACCUGCCAAGGUCCUCCAGGAUACGAGAGCACAACAUGGCAAACUGAAGAAGACGACGUCACAUGACAUGAGAUUAUCAGACUUUGGAAAGGAAUACAGAGCGUCUGUGGAAGAGAUGUUCCAGCGGAUUCCUGAAUAUAAUUCCUGUGGGGGAGAGGCUGUUAGUCUACAGAAAAGAUACACCAAGUUAUUAAUGAGGAAGGAACACCAGAAGAAAGAGGAGAAAGAACAAGACCUAAGGAGUACAGGCAGAGGACAUCUACAGAUCAUGGAGGAAAGAUCUUCUGAUAAAUACUCCCCAAUCACAAUCCAGGACCUCUUUGCCCCCGAUGAAGAAGGUUUCAUCCCUAAGAUUGUGGUGUUACAAGGACCUGCUGGGAUUGGAAAAACAAUGACCUCCAAGAAGAUCAUGCUGGACUGGGCCUCUGGCAGUCUCUACCAAGACACAUUUGACUCUGUGUUUUAUCUGAGCUGUAGAGAACUCAACACCAUCACUGAAAACAUAAACCUGGUGGGACUUCUAUCCAGAAGCUGCGGACUGCCGUGUUCAGGUGACCUGGUGUCUAUUCUGAAGGAUCCUGGAAGUCAUAGAAAACUUCUCUUUCUAGUUGAUGGGUUUGAUGAACUGAGGUGGACUCUGGGGAAGAAAUCUGAGGUUUGUCAUGAUGUUUCUGAGGAAACGCACAAAGAAAUACUUCUCCAAAGCCUUCUCAGGAAACAGAUUGUCCAACAAUCUUCUCUGAUCAUCACCACGAGGUCCCUGGCCAUGAAGAAACUGAACACAGUGAUAGAUGAUUAUCGCUGUGUGGAAAUCCAGGGAUUUACAAGGAAAGAUCGGGAGGAAUAUGUCCAUAAAUUCUUUGUAAAUGCAGAAGAUGCAGCCAAGGCUCUCCGUAUAAUAAGAGACAAUGAUAUUGUGUACGCCAUGUGUUCUGUCCCCGUCACAUGCUGGAUUGUCUGCACUGUAAUACAACAAGAAAUAAAGAAAGAUUCGGCUUUAAUUCGAUGUAAAACAAUGACCUCCAUUUACCUCCUCUACCUGGAGGUUUUACUAACCCAUCACAGCAAGGAGGACCAGUCUGUCUUUGGGAGACCUCAGGCCAUCACCACCUGUCUGAAGAAGCUGUGUGCUCUGGCCAAUGAGGGCGUUCUGAACCAGCAAAUCUUGUUUAAGGAAGAAGAUCUACAAAGACACGGACUGUCUCUGCGUGAGGUGGAGUCUGUGUUUCUGAAUGAGAACAUCUUCCAUUGGGACGUCCGCACCCAGACCUGCUACAGCUUCAUCCACCUGAGUGUACAGGAGUUCUUGGCUGCUCUGUAUUAUGGGCUGGAUGGUGGUUCUGGAUUUAAGAAAAGUUUUUUCCUCCCGAAGAUUUGUAAAGGGAAUUCCCUCUCAGCAUUGAGUUCUUACUACCCACAUUUAGCUUUAGCUGUACAAUUCCUGUUCGGUCUCCUAAAUGAAAAGAUGGUGAAGACAUUCUCAGAGGUCACAGGGAUCAACAUCUCACUGAGAAACAGAUCUGUAAUAAAACAAUGGACCACGAAGGACAUGAAUGUGAAAAUCAAUACUGAUGUCAUUGUGUGUCUGUAUGAGUUCCAGGAUGAGGACUUCAUAAGGAGAGUCAUGUCUCAUAGAUCACAUUUGGAAGUACAAGGCACAGGGUAUGACAUCAGGGGGAAUGUGAGGAAUCAUUCCAAGGAGCUGGACUAUUGCUUGAAGGCUUUGAAGAGUAAAAGUUUUCUGUCAUUACAUUUUGAAGACCUCACACUGGAUCCCGAGUGCCAGAAAUCGUUAUCUCUGGUUGUACACAGGAGUCGGAGAGUUGGGUUUGGGUAUUGUACAUUUCAUAGACGGUAUGGUGAAGAUGAAGGCUCCUCCUCCUCAGGACAUGAGAUGGUUCCUGAUAUUCUUUCUUCUCUGAUUCCCCCGGAGAGUAAAAUUGAGGAAUUAAGUAUCCAUGAUUGUGGUUUAUCUUCCUCGUCCUGUGAUGUUCUCCGAUCAAUACUUAUCACUAAUCGAUCUCUCACCAGCCUGGAUUUAUCACUCAAUAAUCUGCAGGACUCUGGAAUAAAACUUCUGUGUGAGGGUCUCCGACAUCCAGACUGUACCCUGCAGGAGCUGAGAGUUUACGACCGCGGAGUGACAUUCUCGUGCUGUGAUGAUCUUUCCUCCGUUAUCACCACAAACCGAACUCUGACCUCACUGGAUAUAAUAUUGGAUGAUGAGAAGAUGUCAGACUCAGAAGUGGCUCGUUGUUGUGAGGUCCUCGGACAUGCCGGCUUCUCUGUGUAUAGAUGGAACCCCUCCCCCGCUAACACUCUCAUUUCAUUCUUCUAUGAAGGGAUGGGCGCUGGAAUGUAUCUAUAUACAGAAGAAUCUGAUAAUCUGGAGGUUGUGGAGCCGCCUCCUCCUCUUCAGAUUCAGCGAUGA